CUGUCUUCAGACAGCGUUUCCCAACACUGUAAAAUGACGAGUAAAUAAAUAUACAGGUAGAUUAAGUGCGUACCCAUACUUCCAGCAAUCUGUGAAUUGCGCUUGGUUUAUUUUUCUCUUAUCGUAUAAUUCAACGCCAAUCGGAAAAGUUAGCGGCCGAUUUGGUGGGCAUUACGACCGGAAAGACCGUGAGUGACUGGUUCGUUGUGGUUUCCCCGCACAAAUAUCAAUCUAAUUAAGUGUAAUAAUGUCGGCGAAUCCAAGACUCCAGCGACAAACAUCGGACGGCGUUCAGAUCUCGAUGGGUGGGUCCGGAGGAGGAUCUGGCGAUGGUGGACCGGAUAGGUUGCCACCAAUUAGUGCCCAGGACCAACGUUUCCCUUACUGCAUUGUUUGGACACCCAUUCCGGUGCUCACCUGGCUGCUGCCCAUGAUCGGGCACAUGGGUAUUUGCACUUCAGCCGGAGUGAUCCGAGACUUUGCCGGCGCAUACUUCGUUUCGGAGGACAACAUGGCUUUUGGGCGGCCUACUCGCUACUUAAGAUUACACCCAAAGUAUGUAGAGGGAGGCAGUUACGCCUGGGACGAGGCGGUAUCCAAGGCAUCAGUGCUCUAUGGCACUCGCAUUCACAAUAUCUUCUGUGACAACUGUCAUUCGCAUGUGGCCACGGCGCUUAUAAAUAUGCGAUACAAUAACAGCACCAGUUGGAACAUGCUCAUCCUAAGUAUGUGGCUCUUUGUCUGCGGUCGGUACGUCGGAAUCGGGGGCUUCAUCAAGACAUGGCUGCCGUUUGCGGUUGUUCUAACCAUUUGCAUACUGCUGGGCGUCUACUUUUAAGGUCUAAAACUAUAUUAAUUAUAUAUUGCUUAUGCAGGUUGAAUUACAAUCCUUUUUAAGUAAUGUACAUAGUCUAAAUUCAUAUUCGGAAUAUCACUAAAAAAUUGUUUUGAAAUUAAAUAGAUUAUUCAAUCGUAUUUAUUUACCUAUGUAAGCUAAUAAUGAAAAUAAAUGCAUUAUUUAUUUAUA